UGGUCUGCAGAAAACUUUAGUGCCUAAAAACCUGCCAAGAUUCAUCAAAGCAAAGUUCACUUGACAAAAAAGCUUCUUCUUUUCAGGUGAGGAAGAAACUGAUCAGUAUAAGUCAAGAACUUCCUUCUGAUUUAUAACAGAAGCUAUUUGCAGACAAAGAUAAUUGCUUGUGUAGUAGUAUAUAGUGCUAUGUGGAGAGUUGGACCUAUUUGUUGGUUUUCUUCUUCUUGAGUACUUUGUGUAAAAAUGGCUGGUAUGCUUCCUGGUGUUGAACAUGCUAGAAGGAGGAGAUUUCAUCAUGAGAGGGGUGAUAAUUGUGGUUUUUCAUCCACAAGGAGGUCAUCUUUUUCCCUCUACACAACCAACCAUGAUCAAUACCAUCUUAGUUUAGGCUGUCCCAAGCAAAGAAGUGCAGCAAGCCAUGGAUACCAAGAUGAGAAACUAAUUGAAAUUGCCAGAGAAGCUAAGCAAAGGUUGGAUGAAAGGCUAAGUGCACAGUGCAAAUCAGAAAAGAAGAGGAGUACUAUCAAUAAUAGACAAAAAAUGCAAGGGGUGGUGAAGAUUAGGCCAAUAUUGGGGAUGAAUGAUUUGCAAAAAGAAGUGUUUAGAUUAAAGAAAAGUGUGUCAAAAAAGUUCAUCAAUUGGGCAAAGUUGGGGUGGAAAUCUUCAGAACAAGAUGAAUGUGCCAUUUGCUUGGACAAAUUCAGGAAGAGGGACAACCUUAUACAAUUGCCUUGUGCCCACAAGUUCCAUUCCAAUUGUUUGGUGCCAUGGCUUGAGUUUAAUUCGCAUUGUCCUUGUUGCAGAAUGGAAAUCUUGACCAUUCGAUAAUCUUCUCUGUAUCGUACCAAUUUUAUCGGAUGUCCACGAAGAACGUCUUAACUACAUAUUAAGUAGAAAAGAAACGAGAAAACAAAAGAUGCAUCUUUUCGUUUCGUGCCCGAAACUUCUAAAAUAAUAUAAUAUAAAAGCUUUCUUGUUA